AUGGAAUAUGAAUAUGAAGCAAAAAACCAAACAAUUUUAAAUUUUUUGAAUUAUUUUGAUUCUGAAUGGCUAAAAUCACACAAUGGCUGGUACGAAGGUUUACAACUAUACACACCAAGUACAAAUAAUGCACUAGAAGCAACAGACAAAACAAUCAAAGAUGAUGGAACAUUUCGAGAACGUCAUGUUUUAUCAAGAUUUUUAACAAUUUCUUCAAAUAUUAUUCAUAAUUGGUCAAUUGAACGUGAUCCAUCAUUAGCAAAUGCAAGAAUAUUUGCUACAGAACCAACAAUAUCUUUGCAAUUAUGGACCUCGUCAUAUCAGUGGGCUAAAUCAAUAAAAGAUGUCAUUUGCAUUCCAAAUGACUCUUCGAAAAUGUAUUAUAUACCAGCUUGUGACUUAAAAUCAAUUACACGAGCUGAAUUAAUUAAAUAUAACAAGAAAUGGACAACUUUCGGUCAAUUCAAAGAAUCAUUUGAUAUUUGGUGCAUGGAAAUACAAAAUGAUUCACACUGGAAAACAUCCAAAUGCAACUGCUCAGCUUUUCUUAAGAAUUACAUAUGCAAACACAUCGUGCGUAUGGCUACUCGUUUGAAGUACUGUAAACCACCAGCAGCAGCAAAGACAGUGCCGAUUGGUCGAAAAACAAAAAAAAAAGGUAGCCCAGCAAAGGGAAAUGAUCCAAGUAUCAAUGAAGCAGAUGUAUGGAAAGAUGAUACAGAAUCAGUUUAUAAUAUCAAUGGUGAUAUCGAAUUUGAUAAUGUUGACUUUAUUUAUCUAUCUCGAAAAGAAGUACCAGUUUUGCGUAAUCUCUCUCUUAUUGCUCGUGCUGGUCAAACAACUGCUCUCGUAGGUUCAAGCGGCUCUGGAAAAAGUACAUGUAUGUCACUGCUUCUUCGUUACUAUGAACCUUCAUCGGGUCAAAUAACGAUCGAUGGUCGAUCAAUAACAGACUACAAUGUCAAACAACUUCGAGAAAACAUUGGAGUUGUUAGUCAAGAACCUAUUUUGUUUGAUAUGAGUAUUUAUGAAAAUAUUCGUUUUGGUAAAUUAAAUGCAACACGAGAAGAAAUUGAACAAGCAGCACAAGAAGCAAAUGCACAUCAUUUCAUCAUGCAAUUACCAAAUAAAUAUGAAACACUUGUUGGGGAACGUGGUGCACAGUUGAGUGGUGGUGAGAAACAACGUAUUGCAUUAGCUCGUGCUCUUAUUAAACAGCCUACAUUUCUCUUACUGGAUGAAGCAACAAGUGCACUUGAUAAUGCUAGCGAAAAAAUUGUUCAAGAAGCGCUAGAUCGAGCAUGCAAUAAUCGUACAACUAUUGUAAUUGCUCAUCGUUUGACUACAAUUCGCAAUGCCCAUCAAAUAUAUGUAUUAGAUAAUGGAAGUGUAAUUGAGCAAGGUACACAUGAAACAUUAAUGGCAAAAGAAGGAGGUAAAUAUCAAGUAAUGGUCAAGCGUCAACAAAUGGAAGGAAUCUAUGAUGAUCAAGAUAAUAUGAUAAGCAUACAAAAAGCGACAGAAGAAGAUGAAAAGUCAAUGGGUAUGUUAAUACUCUUAUAG